CCCCGACCCUCAGCCUCCCUCAUGCCUAAGAACAGUAAGGUGACGCAGCGCGAGCAAAGCCAUGAGCACGUCACAGAGUCUGUGGCCGACCUGCUCGCGCACGAGGAGCCGCUCGACUACAAGAGCAGCUCCUUGAACGUCGGAGGGGCUGCUGGGAAGAAAGGCCCGCAGAUAGAGGUGCCAGAGAACGAUGGACGCCCCGCAUGGAACAGUAAACUGCAGUACAUCCUGGCCCAGGUGGGCUUCUCUGUGGGCCUGGGGAACGUGUGGCGCUUCCCUUACCUGUGCCAAAAAAAUGGAGGAGGUGCAUAUCUGGUACCCUACUUUAUCCUCCUCCUCAUCAUUGGCAUCCCACUGUUCUUCUUGGAGCUGGCGGUGGGUCAGAAGAUCCGACGUGGGAGCAUUGGGGUGUGGAACUACGUCUGUCCCCGUCUGGGUGGGAUAGGGAUGUCUAGUCUGAUGGUGUGUGGUUUUGUGGGGCUCUACUAUAAUGUGAUUAUCGGUUGGAGCAUCUUCUACUUCUUCCAGUCUUUCCAGUAUCCUCUGCCUUGGAGCGACUGUCCAAUCAGAAAGAAUGGGACACUGGCCAUUGUGGAGCCGGAGUGUGAAAAAAGCUCAGCCACGACAUAUUUCUGGUACCGUCAGACUCUGAACACGACCAGUACCAUCGCAGAGAGCGGUGGCCUCAACGUAAAGAUGACCCUGUCUCUGCUGGUGGCCUGGAUCAUCGUCUGCCUCGCAGUCAUUAAAGGAAUCGCCUCCUCUGGGAAGGUGAUGUACUUCAGCUCUCUCUUUCCAUAUGUGGUGCUGUUCUGCUUCCUGGUUCGAGGUUUAAUGCUGAAAGGCUCCGUAGAUGGUAUCGCUCACAUGUUCACCCCUAAGCUGGAAAAGAUGUUGGAGCCUCAGGUUUGGAGGGAGGCAGCCACUCAAGUGUUCUUUGCCCUCGGUCUGGGCUUUGGAGGAGUCAUAGCCUUCUCCAGUUACAAUAAGAUAGAUAACAACUGUCAUUUCGACGCCGUCCUCGUCUCCUUCAUCAACUUUUUCACCUCCAUUCUGGCCACACUGGUGGUGUUUGCUGUGCUGGGAUUCAAGGCAAACAUCAUGAAUGAAAAGUGUGUCGUCGAGAAUGCUGAAAAAAUCCUGGGAUACCUCAACUCCAAUGUCCUGAGUCACGACCUCAUCCCUCCACAUGUGAACUUCUCCCAUCUGACCUCAUCAGACUACAAUGAGAUGUACCAGGUCAUCAAGACUGUGAAGGAGGGCAGCUUCACCCAGCUCGGUCUGGAGCCCUGUGUCCUGGAGGACGAACUCAACAAGUCCGUUCAGGGCACCGGCCUGGCCUUCAUCGCCUUCACAGAGGCCAUGACCCAUUUCCCAGCAUCCCCGUUCUGGUCGGUCAUGUUCUUCUUCAUGCUCAUCAACCUCGGUCUGGGCAGUAUGAUCGGCACCAUGACCGGCAUCACCACACCUGUCCUCGACACUUACAAGGUGCAGAAGGAGCUUUUCACAGUCUGUUGCUGCAUCAUCGCCUUCUUCUGUGGUUUGCUGUUUGUUCAACGCUCAGGGAAUUAUUUCGUCACCAUGUUUGAUGAUUACUCUGCUGGUCUGCCUCUCACUGUCGUCGUCAUCCUGGAAAAUCUGUCUGUCGCUUGGAUCUAUGGCACAAAAAGGUUCAUGCAGGAUCUGGAAGACAUGUUGGGAUUCAGACCGAGUAGGAUCUAUUUCUACCUGUGGAAGUACGUCUCCCCUAUCUGUCUCAUCGUCCUCAUCUCAGCCACGGUCAUAGAAAUGACCAUCAGCCCUCCGGGAUACAACGCCUGGGUUCAGGAGCUGGCUCAGGAGCGUUUCCAGAGCUACCCGCCGUGGGCCCUGACCAUGUGUUUCGCUCUGAUCGUGCUGGCCAUGCUUCCCCUCCCCGUCGUCUUCAUCGCCCGUCACUUCAACCUGAUGUCAGACGGCUCCAAUAAGCUGUCCGUCUCCUACCGUAAAACCAUGAUGAAGGACAUGUCCAACCUGGAGGAGCAGGACGAGGCCCGGUUCAUCCUCGGCGCCAAGUCUGGUGAUGCCCCGUCGUCUGGUCCGGGUCGCAGGGCCUAUCUGACCCCAGGAGGGAACAAAACCCUGGACCCCAACUCCCUGUCUCCAAACAGCUGCUACGGUACGAGCUACCAGAACGCCGCCAUCAGCCCCACCACGCCAACGACACCCACCACGCCUGUUACACCGGUGACGCCAGAGUCUGACUCAUGACUGCUGUCCAAUCCCCCUUAAACACACCUUCUGACAUGUUGUCCUGUAGCAGUUUACCUUUUAUCCUGAAAAUGUCCAGUGGGGCUCCCUGCAGUGCAGAGAAUCGUCAUCACUGUUCUUCUAAAAUCACAAAACUGUCUGUAGUUACCCUUUGAAUGCAACAUAACACAAAUAUGAGCAUUUUUUGUGUCUGGCUGGACAAAGAGUCAGAAUCUGUAUCUUCAUUUUAAUUCAUUAGCUUUAUGUGCUUAGGAUGAUGUGUGAUCUGCUUUGCUUGCCAUUUUUUUAGAUUCACAAAAAUGGCAAAAAUAAAUUACGAAAUUGCGCAGGGAUCUUAAAGAAUGAAUGUAGUAGAGCUGGUGAGGUCUGGACCUGGUCUGGAGCUGCAACAGCUGUUUACUCAGUACAAGGGAACAGAAAGCAAAGAUGAAUGUGGGUUUAAUUUUAAUGUUAUUAGCGUUGCAUUGAUACCUGUAGCUCUGCAGUGGAAGUCAACCACAGAAAAAGUUUCUUUCUAUUAGAUUUUGUGCAGGGAUUUUAAUGUGUGCAUAUAGGUUAGUACGCUGAGCACUGACAUGCACCUCUGCUGUGAUGCUCUGGCUUAGAAAACAUGUCUCAUUGGGUGAAUUUGUUUUAACAGGGCUCUCUGUGUUAAACUAUGCUUAAGGCUGCUAUAAAGACACCCCUUUGUGUUCCGUCGUCGUUUGCGCACAUAACGUUUCACACCCCGAAUCAACCUCCUGCUGUUUGUGUGUAGUCAGUAUUGUUGUUAACCAUGCUGUACAGAGUGCUGUCUUGUAAUAUAACAUAGGAUAUUAAUGUUUUUAUUACCUGGGGAGAUCUACAGCCCCUGUGUCGUCAUCCAUCCUAUAUCUUAAAUGUUGUCUAACUUGUGUGUUAAGGCAUCGCUUAUUUCAGUUUCUCCACCAAAGAGUAAAAAUUACAGAGUAAAUACUUGAAACCUACAUAUUUAUAUUAUAAAGUACAGGACAUACAUGCCAAACUGUAUUAAAAGUUAACGAAAAAUCAAACAAAACAAUCAUCACAUACAAAAAUUAAAUGCACAAUUUUCCUGCGUCAUGCAGUUGAACACAAAUUAAUACAGCUACAAAAGCACAGAAAAGAUAUUGCAUAAUCAUUGGGCACAAGCAGAUUACUGACCCUAAUGGCUGGCCUACAUUUUUGAGACUUAAGCACAUGUGAACAUUUAAAUAAUGGUCGGCCUCAAAUAAUAUAUUUAUAGUGGAGCACAAAACCCAAGGCAUAAACUAUAUUCAAUAUGGACCAAUGAUUUACAAUGGAACAAAUAUAGAUAAAAUAUCAAAAACUACAUAAAACUGAACUACUAUGAGCCUUAGACAACAUCCCCUUACACAUUGAUGCACAAAGUAAAGAUGCUGAAAUGCACACAUAAACACUGUUUCUGUACAUCCGUAGAAUAAUUGACCUCAAGAACUCAGUGAAGGAAACUGUGUUCAACAUAUUUGAUUCAUGGUUAAAGAAAAAAAAAAAAGUAUGAACAUGUGUAAAAAAAAAAAUUUCCUGUAUGCGUUUCAUUUUUUUUACACACUGACAGUAAAUAGUGCAAUAGUACAAAAAUUCCCAAUGAGUAUAUUUAGUUCCUAUUAAUAGAGGAUGAUACCUUUAUUUAUUUUUUUAUCACAAUGUUCAAAGCCAUGGUUUUAAGGAGUAAAUGGACUAUAUUUAUAUUCCUGUAUAUUUAUAGUGUAUCUAGGUUGAAGUGUACGGAUGAAUGAACAGAUUUAUCUUUUAAAAGUGACCAGUGUAUAUGCAUAUAUAUAUAUAUAAAUUCAGACUGUAUAUUUUCACUUUGAAUCUGUUUUGUAGUUUGUGUCAAUACUUCAUGUUGUGGGCUGUGAAAAUGUCACUGGAAGGUGGAGGUGAUGUGUGUUUUGUUCCCACUGGGAGCUGUGACCUCCAUCUGAACCUCAAAAUUAAUGUCGACUGUGUGUUUACUGGCCUGUUUGUUUUUAGCCACACUAGUAGUAAGUGUUACGUGUCAUUUGGCCCAAUGUUACACAAAUAUGUGCUAUUCUUUUAGUCCACAUGGUCUUUGUACUGACUGUACAUGAAAUAAUACAGUGCCACUUCCACUUAGAGCUCAGUCUGAAUGUCUUUCCUCUGGUGCCACCUACAGGCCACACCUGAUAUUUCUGCCUCAUGGAACUCUAAAAGCAACAUUUUUUUUUUCCAUCAAUCCAAAUAUUUCAUUUCCUGAUGUGUCAUGAGCAUCAGUACUGCAAGGGUGGCUUUAAACAUUAAGACAUGUUGUGUUUCUUGUAUUAAUUUGUCUGUAAGGUCCAUGUGUGUCCUGCUGUGAGGCGUCUUUGUUUUCUGUAAAUAGUCUGUAUAAUCAAACUAUUCUAAGGAUUGUUUUUAUUUAUGUGAACUAUAUUACUGUCUGAAAAAGUAACUGUGUUAGCAGUAAAUGUAAAAAGUAAUAAUGAAUGUGACAAAUGCACAUUUUUCACUCAGACUGUUGUCCUUAGAGCAGUAACUUCAACAUCUGUGUAAAAGCAAUAUCAAGAUUAUUUUAACUAAAGAAUAACUGUGGCUGGAAAACACCUGAGUUUCAGGUUCAGAACAAUGAUUAUAAGAUGCAUAAAGGGAUAUUAUAGGCUAAAUCUUCCUUAAAAGUGCUAGUGUGUGUGUGGGUGUGGGUGUGUUGGUGUGUGAUUUCUCCUCAUAACCUGGUGGUGCAGGGCCUUAUUGAGCACAUGGUUCACUAUCUGUACAGGAGACACAUUUAGAAAUGUCCCUUUACAGCAUCUCUCUCUUUCUCCUCAGUCUUUAUGAUUGUAAGAUACAUGACAUUUAUUGUAAAUAAAAAAAAAAGAA